AAAGAGUAAUGUAAUAUUGGAUACCUACGUGAUUUAUCAUUUCGGAACUAGCUUCUUUUGCUGUAAGGAGCAUUACGAGAACCGGUUUUCUUAUUUAGAAUACCUUACGAAAUUAAAUCUGCUUUAAAUCGAUACCCACGUUGUGAAGUUUUUCUCAAAUCAAGAAAAAUGCCAGUAAAAGCGGUGUGCGUUCUCAAUGGCGAUGUCUCCGGCACUGUUUUUUUUGAUCAGCAAGAUGAUAAGGCACCAGUAGUGGUAUCUGGAGAGGUCAAAGGUUUAUCUAAGGGCAAACAUGGCUUCCACGUGCAUGAAUUCGGUGACAACACGAACGGGUGCACGUCCGCCGGGGCGCACUUCAACCCGUUGAAGCAGGAGCACGGCGCGCCCGACGCCGCCGUGCGCCACGUGGGCGACCUCGGCAACAUCGAGGCGGCCUCCGACGGUGGCAGUACCAAGGUGAACAUCCAAGACUCGCAGAUCUCGUUGGUGGGGCCGCACAGUAUCGUGGGGCGCACGCUGGUGGUGCACGCGGACCCCGACGACCUCGGCCGCGGCGGGCACGAGCUCAGCAAGAGCACCGGCAACGCGGGCGCGCGCAUCGCCUGCGGGGUCAUCGGCCUCGCCAAGAUAUAAAGGUUGCUUAUGUGCCCACCUUACAUAUAUGAGAUAACGAAAUUGACAUGAUAUAUCAUCAAGAAUUUCAUUGCAGUAGGCAGUGAAUUCAUAAGUCGCAGGUGAUUCUUCCCAUCAUAGAUAUUCUGACUCCUGUUAUUACUCUUAUCUUAAAUACAUCGGUUUCAAUUAGAUAUAACUUUGGCACAUCCUAGAAAUGUGCAAAAGUUAUCUCUAUUAUUAAGAAAUCUAAUCCAAAUACGUUUUCUGAGUAUCGCCCUAUAUUCAUUCUUCCUCUCCUCGAAAAAACUAUAUCCGGCUAGCUUCUUGCUUUCCUUGAUCAAAAACCUACUCAACUUAUAUACUUGACUCCUUUUCGAUCCGGCGCUUCCGUUCAGACCACAGUACUUCUAGUGCAUUGGUAAAGACUAUAGAUGACAUUCGACAUGGUAUGAAAAAUCGGCAGCUGAUACUGGUAACGUUACUUGACUUAAACAGCGCCUUCGGCCCGGUUCGACGUCGGCAAGGCAUCCGUGGUGAAGAUGACUUUUCCUCGUGGUGCACUAUAAAUACCAGAGUUCUUCAUGGUGGCGUCUUACCUCUCCUUUUCUCUAUAUUUAUAAAUUCCUAUCACCUUUAAUGCUGAUCACUAUAUUCCAACCUAUGUCUUCUCCCUUACCUAAAAAAUAUGCUUUUUUUUUACACUACACUCUUCUUCAAACCCUUGAUGUUCCUUGUUAUACUACCGAAUUCCUUUCCUAUGCACGGAGGUGCAUGCUGUGGACUUCUGGAAGUCCUUACAUGUAGCCCCAUUAGGAAAGCUUGCAUUUUGCAUUGUUUUAUUGAUCAAGUGAAGACUCAUUUCCUGUCUCUGUCUUUAUUGGAUUUCCUUUAUUUCUAUUGCUUUACUCUAUUGUUUAUCUUUUUACUCCUUUAUCUUGCACCCUCCCUCUAUAUAUUUAUAUCUUUUUCUUUCGUCAUAGGUUGCCUAGAAGAGAUUGCAAUACGUAGCAAUAAGGCCACCUUUUGUCUAUUCUCUUUUUUGUGGCUCUUGUAAUACGUCCGAUGUAGCAUGCAAUAAAGAAUAUUAUUAUUAAAAUUUAUCCUAUAUUAAAUAAGAAUCUACAGAUUAAGACAAGAGUAUUUAUUAUACCUAUAUUUUAUUGUUUCAGACAUCCAUUGAUAUGAAAUCAUCAGUACUGGACAAAAAAUCGACCGAUAUGAUUACAUAAAAUUUAAUUAGAUGCGCCCUGAUAAUGUUUACGUUGAAAGCAAAUAUAUUUUCGCUAUCAAAAAAUAAGCUCCCUUAACCUGCUUCAGAGGCUGGUAACAGCAUGGAGUGGGUGUGGUGAUGGUAUCUAAUGUUUAAUUAGAUUGUUGUGCGCAUCUACUACUUAUUAUAUAUAGAAGUUUUAACUUCAAAUACAUCUUAGUAUGAGUGGCUUAUUGAUAUCUGUUUAUAUCAUGCAAUAUCAGAGCUAUUGUAAGUACUUUAUUAACCAAAUGUUUAUGGUCUGUUUAAUAGGGUAGUUUGUAAGUUUGAACCAGUGCUUUCUGUGUGGCUGGCUGAACCUAGGAUUUCUGAAAUUAAAGGUUCCAUGGUUUCUGAAUUGAAAACUUUGUGUAGUAGUAGUUAUUUUGAUAAUAUGUUUCUUGUUAGGUCUUAAAUAGAAGUUUUUAGUACAUUUUUUUGUAGCCACACUUGCACUCAUUACAUUUUCUAUGUACAGUGGUUAAAUAUUUUUGUUUUUUGUUUGGUGUUGGCAAUAGCAUUUUGCAACAUGUGCAUUUUAAAUAAAAGUGUUCUAUU